UUAUUCGUCACUCACACUGCGAACGACGCGGAUUUGCGAGCGAACGAUAAAGAAAAGUAUUUGGCAACUGUUUUCUAAUUUUCUUUAGUUUUUUGUGCGAAUGGUCAAAAUUUGUAUUAAAAUUUGAAACAAAAUUUUAUAAAAGACCAAUGAGUUGGAGUGAAAAACCUAAGGAGUCAGUUGUGGACGCAGCAGUUGCAGCUGAAGAAGAAUGUGUGUGCUUGUUUUAAAGAGGAGGACUAACGAGGAAGAAUAAAAGUUAAAUCUAUUCUAGAUUCACAUCAUCAAGUUACGCACUGCCAUUAAUACUAGAGAUCUUAGCGAUAUACAUAUAAUAUAGAGUAUAUAAUUAGUCCUGCAAUAAAUAAAAAGCAGAUCCUGGUACCAGUAUCAAGUUGAAACUGCGUCCAUAACAAAUCUAAAAUAAAUAGUUUUAGAUAUAUUAAAACAUAAACGGAAUCCGGGUCCCAUUGUAAUUUAACAAGAAGCAACGAUUUAAACAUACAAAUUUUAUUUUGUAAGUUAUACCAAACAAGAAGAAGACAGUAAGGAUAAGGAGAAUCAAGUACAAUAUGUCAAAUAACUACCAGCACCAUAACAAUUACCGUGGCUCAGGCACGUCACAUAUGAACGGUGUACGGCCGCAUCACUUGCAGAACGGUGAUUGUGGGGACGAUGGUGACAGCUAUCGCCGCGGUGGUGGCCCUACUCGACUCACAAAUGGCUACAGUGUAAAACCAUUGGACAAUGUAGCGGUGCCUGAUAUGUGUAUAUUUUGUUUCGAGGUACUAGACUGCGAGCUUAACAAUUUAGAAGGUCCUGGUACACCUAAAUUCACAAAUGAUGCUUAUCCAUUAUUUGUGACUUGGAAAACAGGGCGUGACAAACGGUUACGUGGAUGUAUUGGCACCUUCAGCUCCAUGCACUUGCACAAUGGACUGCGCGAAUAUGCGCUAACGAGCGCUUUAAAAGAUUCGCGUUUUGCGCCCAUAGCUAGAGAGGAGCUACCCAAAUUGACAGUAUCUGUGUCGAUUUUGCAGAAUUUUGAAGAAGCUCACGGGUACUUGGAUUGGACAUUAGGCAUACAUGGUAUACGCAUUGAAUUUUUGAAUGAACGUGGGUGCAAAAGGACUGCUACUUAUUUGCCACAAGUGGCAACCGAACAAGGUUGGGACCAAACCCAAACUAUUGACUCGCUACUCAGGAAGGGGGGCUAUCGUGCAGCAAUCACCCCAGAAACUCGAAAAUCAAUCAAAUUGACUCGUUAUCGUUCGCAAGAAAUUCAAAUGAAUUAUAAGGAGUAUCGGGAAAUGUUGGAACGUCGGGCGCAUUAUGGGAAAGUGUUGUGCUAACAAACACCGAAAACACGGCUAAACCAACAACAACAGCAAAUUAUAAUAAUGCAGCAGGAACAUCAGCAACAUAAACAGUUUCGGCUACAACCACAAAUACAAAAUCAGCAUCAGACUACACACAAGAAGACGCAGCAACAA